CGGCGGGCGAUCGCGUCGCCUAUUUAACCGGAUCGGGCGCCUAGCGAGCGCACAGUCGCGCACGGGUCUAGCAGACCCACUGAGGCUCCACAGGUUACGCACUCGCGUCCAUGAGGCGUAGAUUUUUCGAAGACGAUACGAUGUAGUGUCUUCGAUAUGAUUUAGGUAGUGAUGGUGCAGCGGAGAUACAAAGCAACACGUCCGAUGCUUUAAAGAUGGAUUAUUCCAGCAUACUAAGCUGUUGUCUGGCUUUCAUACUUUAUUCUAACACGUUCGAAGCCGGAUUCGUAUAUGACGACCGGAGGGCCAUCAUUACGAAUCCAGACCUCCAACCAUCGACCCCAUGGCUGGACAUCUUCCUCAACGACUUUUGGGGUACGCCCAUGUCGGACAGCGGGUCUCACGGGUCCUACAGACCCCUAGCGGUCAUAACGUUUCGCCUGAACUACCUGUUACACGGUUACGAACCUUUCGGCUACCACUUGGUGAACGUAAUUCUGCACGUGAUCGCAACCGGAUUGUUCGUCAAGAUAACAAAGAAAAUUCUGCCCAAAAGUAUAGCUGAUACAUCGGCUACCAUUUCAGGAUUACUUUUUGCUGCUCAUCCUAUACAUACAGAAGCUGUAUCGGCCAUCGUGGGUAGAGCCGACUUGCUAAGUGCUAUAGCAUUUAUGUUGUCUUUCCUAACCUACGUGAGCCAUGUGAAAUACCGAAACAUCUAUUACUUCACGCCUGAAUACAGCGCCCCACAGUACGACCUGAGGUUCCUCAAAAAAUGGCAGAAGGACAUACUCAAAACAGCAAGCAUUAAAAUCGUGAAAAAGUCCGCAGAAAUCAAUAUUAACACGCAGAGAAGGAAAACAACGUAUGUCUACGUCAAAGUGUGGUCCCAUUUCGUUGCUUCAAUAGUGCUAGCCGUUGUUGGGAUGUUGUGUAAGGAAACGGGUAUAUGUGUGCUGGGAGUUAGUUUCAUCUACGACUUGAUCAUCACGUCUUAUGCCAAACAGAAGCAACACCGCAGUCUCCUGCUUCUAUCACUGUGCACUCUGGCAACACUGUCUGCGAGGUUCUACGGGGGAAUCACUCCGGAUUUUGCCAGGGCCGACAACCCAACAGCGAAAGAAGAUUGUUUGCUGACAAGAACUUUUACGUUCUUGUAUUUACCUGUUUUCAAUUUUUUGCUGUUGGUUUAUCCUCACCCUUUGAGUUUUGAUUGGAGCAUGGAGGCUGUGCCGAGGGUGACGGGUGUUUUGGAUCCGAGAAAUUCGGUUUCGUUGAUAUUUUAUGGUACGAUAUUGACAACGUUGUACGUGUGUUACAGUAGGAUGAUCCCGCAGAAGGGGAAACACUGCAUGAAGCACAAAAUGGUGACCAUCAAAACGAAUCAAAGAAACAAAAAGGAGACGAGUACGCAGUGCGCUUUUUGUCACGAGACUUUCACCAAUCUGCACAGUUCUACAUGCAGAUUUGCUAACAACAACAAUAACAACAACAACACUUGGUCGGCGUGCGACUGUAUGGCAGUCACAUCCCCGAGAAAAAACUUGACGUUCGAAGGCACAAUAAUCUUCUCCCUUACUCUCCUAGUAAUCCCCUUCCUUCCCGCGACCAACAUGUUUUUCUACGUUGGUUUCGUGGUGGCGGAAAGGCUUCUUUACCUCCCUAGUGCGGGUUUUUGCCUCUUGUUUGGACUAUUCGCGGCGUCGUGCUGGAAACGCUACGCGAACUCUCGAAAACACUUUUCCGUCGUGUUUUUUGUUGUGUUGUUAGCGUUAAGUGCGAAAACCGUUUGGAGGAACUUUGAUUGGUACGACGAGGAAGCCCUGUUUAGGGCCGCUGUCCCAGUGAAUCCGCCUAAAGCUUUGGGGAACUUGGGCAGCGUUCUUAAUACAGCUGGACGGCUUAGGGAGGCUGAAACUGCUUACAGAGAAGCUUUGGCCUACAAACCCAAUAUGGCCGAUGUACAUUAUAAUUUAGGGAUAUUACUUCAGAGUGAAAAACGUUUGGAUGAAGCUAUACUGAGUUUCCAAAGGGCCAUACACUUCAGAUCAACGUUAGCAUUGGCCUACAUCAACCUGGCCUCAGUUCUUGUGGAAGCCAAGAGAUCGGAGGAGGCGGUCAACAUCCUAAAUCAAGUGGCCAUGCUGGAUGGUACCGGUCUUAAAGACCGUCGACAGCAUGACAGUGCUAAGGUAUCAGCACUGAUUCAGCUCGGUGAUCUCUAUACGGAGCAAGGAAGGCUGCAUAGAGCUUUAGAGAUUUAUACUGAAGCCGCUACGAGUAUACCGGAUCAUUACCCUAGACAGAAAGUCUUCAAUGUCCUUGGAAGAACCCUUUACCUCCUGAACAGGCACGAAGAGGCCGAACGAUGGUACAGAGCUGCAAUGAGGGCUGGGCCUGACAACGUCGCAUCCUAUAUAGGAUAUGGAAAACUCAUCGCCCGAAAUGUCAGCCGUAGCAGCGAGGCCGAACGAUGGUUCAGGAAGGCGCAAAAAAUUGCCCCCAACGAUCCGGCAGUGUACCACAAUUACGGCGAAUUCCUAGUGUAUCGACAUCAGUUCAGUGAAGCUGCAGAUAUGUAUGAGAAGGCAGCUGAGCUAGCACCCGACGACUAUCAGCUAUCGGUAGCUGCAGCUAUCGCCAUGCGACAAGCCAGUCGACCUUUGGAAGCCGAAAAAUGGUAUCGACGUGCGGUUGCCCUAAAACCUACGGACGCCCAAAAUUUGUCGAACCUUGGCGCCAUCUUGCACCUGAACGGAAAGUACAAAGAAGCAGCGAAAAACUACGAGGCCUCUCUACAACUGGAACCCAACGACUCGAUCACGUUGACAAACCUAAACAGGUUGCACAGCCUGAUGACUUGACGCAAAUAGUACCCACUAGACGAUGACGAAAACGACAACCUGUUGUCGUAUCGGCAAAAUUUCGACGAAUCAUCGACAAGAUGGCCGCUGGAAGGUGGUGAACGGCACAAUGGCAGCUUCAGCUUCAGCUGCGACCACUUUGGGACCACCACGCGCGUUCAAGUCGGCCAAAUUUAUGAAUAUGACAAUACGAAAGGAGGAAAGUGAUAUUUUUGUUAUGGACUACAUUUUAGGGACUUUUUAGUUACCGGGCUAUUAGGUCACCUUCCCUUACUUAUAAUUGAAGGGGUAAGUGGAAAAACAUGACAAGCACAUUCAGAAAACAAAUCACCAAACAGAUCAAGUUUUUCCACUGGGACCUUCAAUAUACAAAUCAGUAUGAGUCAGUGAUAAACCAAUUGUAAAUAAGAAAAUUUUAAAUUAAUUGACAACUACUAAUAAAAUAUUACAUAUCUUUUUAACAAGAAAAUCGAUGUUAUAAUUUUAUCAAUUUUUUGGAUUUUUCUGAAGAAAAAAAACAGCUUUUUCAUAAUUAUUGUUCCAUAUGUAAGCGAUUGUUACACUACUAAGAUGUGUGCUUUUAAUGGACCUUAACAUUAAUAAUUAAAUAAUUAUUAUUAACAUAUUAUAUGAUAAUGUAUUAUCUAUAUUAUACAUAUAUGUAUUUAUGAAUUUGAAUGUAA